UCUGCAAAGGAACAUCGCAGCAGAGCUGUCAAAAGCUGCAUCAGAGCCAGCACCUGAAAGUGCUAGGUGCCACGAGAAACCCUGUGGGGAUAGUAUGCAAGUGACCACAGCUGCUGCACCUACACCACCAGCCGUAUUGACUGCAUCAGAAAAUGACUGCACUGAAAAAGCAGUUGAAAAUAUGUGGACUUCAAUAUGUGGACUUUCGUGGACAUUUCUAUGUACUCAUGUUUCGUGAAUUGUACUUCUCAACAUUACGGCAAAUCAAGCAGCACAGAAGAUGGUGCCUGCAGAAUUUUCCCCAUGUGAUGGGGUGCUGUUCAAUCUUUCAAAAAACAUUUUCAUAACAGAAGAGCAAGCAGCUAAGCUGUUCAAGAACAAAAAACCGAGCAUUCUGGUCAGGGAUGAUGUGCAAGUUGUGUGGGGAUGCAACACACUUGCGCAGAGGAGCAUAAGCGGUCGGUUGGCACCCACAAAAGCUAACAGUGGGCAGGAGCCAUCCAAGCAGCUGACACCAGAAAAAGUGGAGGUUGUUUACGGGUGCCUGGCCUACUGGGGCAAUGUGAACAAUGUGGAUACUAAGCUGGCCCACCACAACGUGAUGCGUACUCUGAGUGAAAACAUACAAGACUGCAAGAGAAAGCUGUGUAUUAACUAAAUGCAAAGCUGUGCAUGAAUUAAGAGAGAAAAACUAUAUGUCAUGUAUGAUAUAUUUGCACAACUAUGCAUGGAUCAGCAGAGUAAAGCUAGUCAUGCAUGAAGUGAUAUUUUUCAAUGAAAUACAUAUUACACCUUGCAUCACAGCGCUUCUUUAUUUGCGCACGAGCUGCUGGUGAAAACCACAUGCCGCAGUGCAUUUUCUUUCUAGCUUCCAGCAAGUUUAAAGCAGCUAACAUCAGCAGUCUGCGAUCAACCUGGGGCCACAACAUUAGCGCUAGGAUUACUUUUUCUAGAGGCAAUAUUUUUCAGCUGUGGUGACUGGUGCUGUGUGCCAGCCCGGACUGUGGGUCUAGCUAGGUUCUAGCUGGAACCUCUUCCAGCCGAAUUCCAGUUGGCAGUUCUGGCAACUGGAUCCAGCUGGAAGAUGUUCCAGUUGGGACAUAUUCCGGCUGGAUUAAGGAACU